GCCAAAAACAAACAUAUUCUAAAAAAUGGCGACAACGAUCAACAAGCAAGUCGUAUUACGUGAUUACGUAACCGGUUUUGCCAACGAAUCCGACCUUGUAAUCACCUCCACCACCGUCGAUCUUAGGGUGCCGAAGGGAUCUAUGACGGCGUUGGUGAAGAAUCUCUACUUGUCUUGCGAUCCUUACAUGCGCAAUCGUAUGAGAAAACCUGAUCCUUUGAGCCCUGCUACUGCUCAGUCCUUCACUCCCGGCAAGCCUAUCUCAGGGUUUGGAGUGUCUAAAGUGAUAGAUUCUGGACACUCAGACUACGAAGAAGGUGACUUACUUUGGGGAGCAGUAGGAUGGGAAGAGUACAGUGUUAUUACACCAAUUCCUAAUCUUCACUUCAAAAUUCAUCAUACCGAGUUUCCCUUAUCUUACUACACUGGACUUCUUGGUAUGCCUGGUAUGACCGCAUAUGUUGGGUUUUACGAGAUCUGUUCUCCAAAGAAAGGUGAUACUGUGUUUGUGUCAGCUGCCUCUGGCGCGGUUGGUCAGCUUGUAGGACAAUUUGCUAAGAUGAUGGGUUGUUAUGUUGUUGGAAGUGCUGGAAGUAAAGAAAAGGUUGAUCUCCUCAAGAACAAGUUUGGAUUCGAUGAUGCCUUCAAUUACAAGGAAGAACACAAUCUUGUUGCUGCCCUAAAAAGGUGUUUCCCUGAAGGCAUUGACAUAUACUUUGAGAACGUGGGAGGCAAGAUGCUGGAUGCAGUGAUCUUAAACAUGAGACCACACGGCCGUAUCGCGGCAUGUGGGAUGAUCUCACAGUACAAUCUGAAGAAUCCGGAAGGCAUAUACGGGCUCUCGCUCAUUACAUACAAACGAAUCCGUAUCGAAGGGUUUAACUGUUUCGAUUACUUCGACAAAUACUCGGAAUUCUUGGAGUUUGUGGUUCCGUAUAUAAGAGAAGGUAAGAUAACGUAUGUGGAAGAUGUUGCUGAUGGGCUCGAGAGUGCCCCUGCUGCUCUCGUUGGACUCUUUCACGGCGGAAGCCAAAUGUCAUCACCGGCAGCUCCAAAAAUACUUCUGGCUAAACCCUCCGUUUCUCCGAUUACCGGUAAAUUCGGACGCGGCAACUCCGACGACGAUAAUGCUUCGCACCGCUCUCGUCUCCCUCCUGUUAGCUCUCUGAAUAUGCUCUCCGAUUCUUGGGAUUUUCACAUCGAUCGCUUUCUCCCUUUCCUUACCGAGAAUACUGACUUCACGGUGGUUGGAGUUAUUGGACCUCCGGGUGUUGGCAAAUCGACAAUUUUGAAUGCAAUCUACGCCUUUGAUGGGAGCUCCCCUGGAAUGCUACCGCCAUUUUCUGUACAGUCUGACGAGAUCAAAGCAGCGGCAAAACAUUGUACUAUUGGCAUCGAACCAAGAGUUUCCGCUGAGAGGUUCAUCCUUCUUGAUGUUCAGCCUGUUUUCAGUCCAUCCAUAUUGGCUGAGAUAAUCAGACCUGAUAGUUCAUCCUCAGUACCAGUCUUGGGCAAUGACUCUCUGUCGGCUGAGUUGGCUCACGAAAUCAUGUGCAUCCAGCUUGGUGUCCUCUUAGCAUCCAUUUGUCACGUGUUGCUGGUGGUAUCUGAAGGAGUUCAUGAAGAUAACAUGUGGCAUCUGAUGUCAACGGUGGAUUUGUUGAAGCAUGCAAUACCUGAUCCAUCUUCUCCCGCACUUUCCCGUCUACAGAUCUCUGAGAUUGGGCCUGAAAUGGAAUUUAAGGACAAAUUAUCUGAGGGAAAUGAAUAUAUGGCUACUCCCAUAUUUGUGCACUCAAAGCUUCAGGAUCAAGAUCUCUCUCCAAAGAAUAUCUUGCAACUAAGAAAGGCACUGGCGCAGUAUUUCGAAUCAAGUUCAUUCAGACAAGGAAGGAAUGGGUCGGAGUUAGUCGAGCCGGUUUCUCUUGUGAUUCCAUCUAAAAGCUCGAGAAACCAGCACGAGAGUUAUCAAUUAGCAAUGUGGAAACUAAGGGAUCAGGUUAUGUCUUCUAAAUCUACGUCCUUUUCAAGACCAGUCUCCGAACGGGAGUGGCUGAAAAACUCAGCAAAGAUAUGGGAGAUGGUGAAGAAUUCUCCGAUCAUUGCAGAGUACAGUAGGGCUCUUCAAAGUUCCGGUAUGUUUCGGAGGUAGUAGUAGACCUUCACUUAUAGUCAGUGUCUUCAUAUUCUAGGCUUGCUCGUUUGUUGCUGAAUUCAUUGAACUUGAGAUGUAGUGUUUUUUCUUCUUCAAGUUCUUAAAUAUUUUCUUACAGCAAAAUCUCUCUGUUUCUUGCAACAUUCUCCCUCUCCCUCUCAAUACAGCAAAUGCUAAUUA